AUGAAACACCUCCUACUCGUCCUCCUCUCGCUCCGCGCCGCCGGCGACGCGAUCUACCGCGUCGACUCGCGCGAGGCCUGCGACGAGACCGGCGCGGCGCCGUUCUGCGUCGACUUCGUGCACGCCGAGCUCGAGGCGGCGGCGCGCGCCUUCUGCGAAUCCACACAAAUCUGCGUCGCCGGCGAGGCCGCGUCCCUCGCGGCGGAGGCGCGGCGCGCGCUGCUCGCGCGCGGCGACGCCGCCGAGGCCGAGCUCCGGCGCCGCUUCCGCACGGCGAAGACCAGGGGCCACCCGGUGACGACGGGGCUCGCGAGCGUCGACUACUUCCUCGGCCUCGACACGGAGGUCGACGGGGCUUCGGACCACUACGCGGAGCAACUGGUGCGCGCGUCGUGGGUGAACACGGCGCCGUUCCAGAUCAAGGCCCUCGAGCGGCAGCCCCGGGGCGACCUGCUCGAGCGGGACCCCGGCGGCGCCUUGUAUUUGAUCCUGGGGCGGCUCUUCAAGGUCCACGCGCUCUUCGACGACAUCUUAUUGGACGUCCUCGAGGCGGACCCGACGGGCGUCGUCGCCGUCGUCUCCGAGCCGCAGCGCCAGCUCACGUCGUUGAUGUUCCGGCGCCUGCGGGCGAGCGCGGGCGCCCGGAACCGCGCGCACCUCCUGGAGCGGCUGCGCGUCGUCGACUACUGGAAUUACGUGAACGCGCUGUCGAACGCGCGCGUCGCGCUCGACACGUACCCCUACGGCGGCUGCCUCACGGCCCUCGACGCGCUCUCCAACGGCGUGCCCCUCGUCGUGCUCCCGGGCCCCCUGGAGCGCGGCCGCCACGCCAUGUCCAUCUACGGCCAGAUGAACCUGACGGACUUCGUCGCGCGCGACGCGGCGGACUACGUGCGCCUCGCGGUGGCCCUCGCCACGGACGACGACGUCCACGCGCGCGCCGUCGGCGAGAUCCGGGCCAAGUACCCGGACGCCCACCGCGCCGGCGACGUCGCCGCGGAGUGGGCCGGCGCGUUCCUCCGCAUGACCGCGGCGCCCGCGCAUUUCGGGAGAGCCCCGGGGGACGCCAUGCCGUCCCUGAACAUGAGCGAGGCGGACAGCGCGUCGGAGCAGCUGGGGUCGCCGGCCCUGUCGCCCGACAGCCCGACCCCCCGCAACUCCAUGCUGCCCGCGAGCCUCCAGAACGGCGGCAGCGGCCGGUCCACCCAGGGGGGGGGCCUGGGCGCCCCCAAGGGCAGCCCCGGCGUGUCGACGGAGCGGCGCGCGCGCAUCGGCGCGCGGAAGAAGCAGCAGAAGAUCGAGGGCGCCAAGUACGCGACGGGCCGGCGCCAGCGGCGGGCGAACCAGCUCGACAUCCACAAGGAGAUCCUGGGCGCGGGGAGCUGGCAGCGGUGCCCGCGGUGCCAGAGCCAGACGACCUUCUGCUCGAGCUGCGCGGCCAAGUUCGACGAGAUGGUGCCCGAGGCCCUCUGCCGCCAGCUCGCCUUCGGGCCCGACGUGGAGCAGGAGUUCCAGCAGAUGUUCGAGGAUUUGAGCCACCGCGUCGACGAGAAGUGCGCGUCGAACCGGUCGAGCGAGGUCGUGCCCGGGGGCACGCAGACCGCCAAGCAGCGGCGCAUGACCAAGGCCCGCGUGCUGGACGGGCUGCGCAUCGACAACAUCACGCAGAACAUCGAGCGCGACAAGCGCGAGAAGUCGGGCCUCCUCGUGCGCCAGUCGCCCAUCGACGUCAUGCCCGCGGAGGCCGUCCAGUGGCUCGCGGGCAUCGACGACGCGACGCGGUCCUGGAUCUUCGCCCACAACGAGCGCAUCACGAAGCACCAGGCCUGGCUCACGUCCGACGCCGUCGACCGCGAGAUGUCGAACCAGGACGACCGCAUCAACAUCCGGAAGGAAUUCAAGGGCGUCAAGAACGUCCACUUCGACGCCAUCAACCGCCGCGACCUCGGCCGGCCCGCCGCGACGCUCCGCCUCCCGCCGACGCUCGCGGACGUCAAGGCGCGCAUCGAGGACCGCGCGAAGACCUACGUCGCGCGCAAGGCCUAA